UGACACGACAUUUCCAUACCAACAUAAUAAAUUGAAUUUUAACUUUCCACAAGAGGUGAACGUUUAUUUUAUUCGUCUCAUCAAAAGUGUAAAGAGAAAAAGGUUCAAUCGAAUGAUUGAAUGUCAGACAAUGUUUAAUUAACCAAUUUGAUAGUGGAAGCAAAGAAAUAAGUACGACCAUGAAUAUCGACUCACCAAUGCAGCAAAUGAAUCCCGGACAAAGGGACGAUACCUUGUUUCCCGGCAAUGCCACUAAACGGGAUAGCUAUGACGAUAAAAUGACAGUAAUGAACAGCAGCAUAGCCAGUAACAUGGAUGAUUCAACUCCCAGCGAUUCCGGGAUACAGUUGCUGGACUCUGUAUCCGAGUCGAUAAUGUCAAACAGUGGACUGCUCGAAUAUGAUUUGUGCACACCACUGGAACAUGUUUCAUCCACACUACCCGAUGUGGUGCUGCCAGCUGAGACAGCCACCAGUGUGUCGGAUGAUGUGAAAUCGUUUGUAAUGACCAAAAGUGACAUUGACAAUUCGAAUGUGCAAGUGUUUGAUCCGGACAUGGAAGCCGGAAACAUUCCCGAUGAAAUGAAGACCAGCACCUGUUCAACAUUCGAUGCCGAAAAUAUUGUGUACAGACGGAAGGCGAAAAAGACGCGAAACCAUUCGACCGGAGGACCGAAGAAGAGAGUUUCGUUUCACGAGGAUAUAUUGAAGAAUACGAAGACAGACAACAUUCACAUUGAGCAUGGUUUUAUCACGUACAAGGGCUAUUCGAAGAAAGCACCGCAGAUUGCACGGUAUUCAUGGUGCUCUGAGGGAGAUGACGGCGAUGCGAAACGGAACGAUCAAUAUUUGUAUCGGAAUGCGUGCUCUGAUGUGCUGGAUUACGGUAAUACGGAAGUGUAUGAUAAGGAUGCCAAUAUCAUUGAGUACGACAAUUCCGGUGUCUUUGAGUACGGCCCACAAGAAAACCAAUUGAAAAAUGACGAAUUUUACAAAUGCAGUUGCUCGGAUUCAAAUUCCAGUCUAGACUCCGGCGAUAGCAACGACAAUGUCAAUCGAAACUAUGGGCAAGCCAAAUCCAAUUCAUGUGACUGCAUCGGUCUGAAUCCGCAGCCCAAAAUUGUGACGAAUAUCAACGAUAACUGCUACUUUUCCGAACCGAAUAUUGAGUCGAUGGACGAUUCGUUCGAUUACGUCAAACCAAAAUCGGUUUGGAGCAAGGAAAAGAAACCGAAAACGAGUUGCUUGAAACGACAAACUGGCGUCAUUGAAGAGUACGACCUUAGCGAAAAAGUGAAAACAUUUAACGUCCAUCAGUUGCCGGAUCACAUGAACAAUAUCAUCGACAACAGUAAAUACUUGUUCGGCUCGUUGAAGAAUAUAUUUGGUAUCCCAUUGCCCGAGCGAGGAGUUCCGGAAGGAUGUGAAGAUUUACAAUCCGUUUACGAGUGUUUGCCAGAGGUUGAAAACUCUUCGCCUGUUAAGCCGAGAACAUUUCUGUCGAAGAGUUUCGACGGCGGACUAUUCAAGAAAAAUGAUAAACCGAAGAAAUAUGUCCACACCGUUGACGAGAUGCUGCGUCGAAAAGUGGAACCAGUUUCGCAGGGCGCUCCAGCCAGUCUAACAAAAGAGCCGGAUGUGACCAAUGAGGAUUUCGUUGAUCUGGGUGAAAGUGUACAAGCGUCGCCGAUCAACAAUUUCCGAAACAAAUACAUCAUCAACUGCGAGAGCACUGUCUUCGAGCACACUGGUGUGUCCUAUGAAACCGAAAAUUCUCCGCUACAUGCAACCAUUGAACCAACAUUGAUUGUCGAACCAACCUUACCGAAAGCUCCCGCUCCAGUUCCAUUCACCGCAAAGCUCAGCAAUAUGUUCAAGUCAUUUCGCGACAACUCUCCCGGCUUUGAAAUUGGCAUACCGAAGCCGGCUGAGACUAUACCGUCGCCUGGUCCGACGGUUGAAGUGUCCAACAUUAUGACUUCUAGUCAGAUAUCAAGCAUAUCGGAUAAUUCCAGUUCGACGCACAGGUCAUCAUUGCCGAAACCGGAAAUUUCGAUAACCACAAACUCACCGAACAAACACCGUCAUCUAUCGUCGCCAAUGCGAAAGAGGUCAAUGAUUACGCGAUAUGAGAAUCCACGCAUGAGUCCGGAUCUAUUUUCGACCGGUCGUGAGUCGAAAAGUGUGCUAUCCGAGGAAUUUGACGAUAUUCUGACCAUCACAACAUCUACAGAUCAAACGGACAGUGACAUUGUAAUUGUUGACUAUCCCGAACCGGAUGCUGGCAUUCCCACCAGCCAAUUGCUCAAACCUCCGUCAACCAAAUCGUCGUUGAUCAACCGAUUUCUGCGGAAUGUCACCCAGAAGAAGAUCCAAGACGCAACAAUCAAAAAGAAUUCCUUCCUGGCAGCUAAGACGAAAAACGACAAGAAAUUAUUCGAAAAUAUUUAUGUGAAAGGUGCAAAGUUGCCCAACACUGAUCUGAUCGACGAUCUGAAUGCGGAGAUCGCGCUGGAAAUUGAAUUGUCCGGUAAAAAUAGUAUGGCGAACAAUUUGAUGCGUUUGAGUGACAGCAAAUUCAACAAAAUUGAUUAUGGGCUUGGUGUUGGGGAGGUAUCGGUGGACAUUUUCAAUCCCAGUACAUUGCACAUACUUCGUGACGAAAAGGAGGUUCUAAUGAAGGUUUUCAAAUUGUACACUGGCUACAGUUUAAAGGGUCACAUGACACCGGUCCUUGUAUUUCUAACCGAUAAGACCCUCUACGUAACGGAUUUGAUUAGAAAUCGUUUGACAAACAAAUUUGUUCUGCCCUAUUCGGAACUGGAUGUUAUUUUGAUAGGACCUCACGGUAAUACAGUGCUUUUGAGCAACAGUGCUCGCGAUAUGCAACAAGUUCUGUUAGCUGGCGGUCCGUAUCCUGCCGAUGGCCUUGUGUCCAGUUUGGAAAUGUGUGCACGCCGUGGCGGAUCAACAUUACCGGCUGUUGGACAAUUGACGUUGGAUCAUUUGGCUCCGUUGCAAGCGUUUGUAAGGGAAAAUUCGAUGGUUGCGAAGAAUGAUCCAUGGCUGUACUAUGCCGUUGUUAGUGUGCCAGCAAACAUGUUAAAUCUGGAAGAAGAGCCUUUGGGGCCGCACAUGAAGGGACCGCUUAUGUUUCGGAAUAUUUCACUAAGCGAACAGGGACAACCGUGGGAGGCGGGAUACUUUUUACUGAAGGCUGGCGUACUUUAUAUGUUCAACGACGCUCAUCAAAAGCUUCCAAAUUUGGCUAUUGCUUUAUUCGAAUGUAAAGGUGCUAGACGUGCUACUAAAUCGACUCGACCACAUUGCUUUGAAUUGUUGCUGAAAACAGGAUUCAUGCAACUGGCUGCUCCCGAUGAGUAUGUUGCCUCCGACUGGCUACAAGCAUUAGUUCAGGCAGCUAGCGGGUUAUUCGAAAUGCAAGAAAAGCAUAAAACACUUGGCUGCACUCUGGUCAUGACAUCCAACCAUUUAAUCACAUUGAGAGAAGAUUUUACCGCACCACUGAGGCGAGUGAAUAAGAUUGUCAGUGGAGUUAUGUCGCCACCCAAAUUACCGUCUGGCAAUGCAACCAGGAAGCUCAGUGCGUCGACCAUAACGACAGACACAAUGAAUGAUACAAUGUCAUCGCUGAGCAAUUCAACAAAUUUAUCCGAAUAUCGUUUGACAUCGUCCAAUAAAAGCUCACCGUCUCGGAGUCAGUGCAAUAAUUCGACGGUGUACAACAGCGGAUCGGACGAGAAAAGCUUUACCAGCAUGAGCAGUAUCUACGGAAAGAAUUCAGGGAUAGAAAUCAAAACGUGUGCUGCACUACAAGAAAUGUCCACGAUUCGCAUACCAUCUCAAGGGGACAAUUGGUGGUGUAUUUUGGAAUUUUCCUGUCAAGAAGUACGCGAAAACUCCGACGACAUGGUGAUAUUCUUCGCAACCAAUUCGGAUUUGCGACGUUUUUUGACAAUGCUGGAAACAAUGUGGCAAUCCAAAAAUAAUGCACCAUUUCCCAUCAGUAUUUUACCGGAUAAUGACCCAAUUGGCAAACAGUGUUCGGAUUUGUUUUUCGAUUUAAAUAAAUCAUGGGAUCCGCUUAUAUCUGCCGCACUUGGUUAUCCGCAGUAGUUUAUUUUAUACGGAAAAAACAAUAUUUAUGAAGGAAAACUUAUUUACACUUAUAAUAUUCGAUAAAGAAAAGACAUUGUGUGUACAGUAAGUAUAAAGUGCUACUAACAUUUGGAAAAACAGAACUCUCCCUCUCACACCUUUGUCAUACUUAUCUGAUACACAUUUACGUAUUAUCAAUGCAAGAAGAAACGCUUAUUUUUGUGAUAUUCGUUCGUUAAGUUUAUUUUUAAUUUCUGUGUAGAGACGAAAAGAAAAUGUUUAUUUUGCAAAAUGCUUCAUCCUCAUUCUGUUAAUUUCUUGGUUACUACUUUUACCAUAUCUAUACCUAUCUACGCCUCUACGCUUAGUUAAAAUUUGUUUAAUAAAUUUUUUGUAUGUGCGUGUCAUAAAGGGAACAGUAGCGAAUAACAGUAAUUCUAAAUUAAUAUACUCUGCAGAAGCGGUCGACUUAUUACAUUUUUAUCAGAAUUUCGUAUCGUCCACUGAUCUAUUUGGCAUCUUAGGAAAAUAUAUCCGGGUUUUUCUCUUCCUUUUAUGUUAACGGAGUGCUAAUCAAAAUUCAACACGAAUCUCGUUAGUACUGCUAUAAGGCUCCAGAAUUACGAAUUUUUAUCGAUUUUUUGUUGUUGUUCAAAGAAUAUUUUUUUGAUUCAAUUUCUACAGGGCGUAGAUUCUCAUGCCGUUCGUAACUUGACUCUUUUUAUGCGACUUUAUACACGCAACUGUCAAGUUACGAAUAUUAGGAGUUACGAAAAUUCGAGAAUCGUUACCCAGGGCGCCGAUUCUCAUGAAUUUAAGAAUACUUAACUUGACCUUAACUUGACUUUCACCUUAAAAGUUACGAAUCGCAUGGACCCCUCUCAACAUUAAGGUGACAACUAUCACAUUACUCGUCUGCUUGUCACUAUUCUAUUCAAGUAGUUGAGUCUCGACCGGCCAUAAAGCUUUAUUGCUAGAUAAAUUUGGUGUUGGACUCCUACUGCAUGGCAAUUUGAAGACGUUUUUGGAAACGGAUAUCUGAAAAUAGGCAAUAGGCCACGCCAGAACAACUUAUCUCAUUGUCAAAUUAGUUGUGGAGAGCUUUGACACACUUCCUAGAGCCGUCACGUUUUCUCUCCCCGCUUGUUUAAGACAUCAUUCGAGUACGAAUUGUGAUCUGGAUGUGAGCCUUCCGAAGCAUAUAUAAAUCUACUCAGUGUCGUUUUUUUCAUAUGGACUCUUUAUACAAACGAAUUGGUGCCGGGGUCUACUAACGGAGUGUUUUGAGUCACCUAAGACAAAUACAUUUGGCACCCAGAAUGAACAUUUUAAAAAUUGCCCUUGGUGCCAAAGAAUGAAACUAACAUGCGAUUUGGUGUGUUCCGGCGUUCUUUUCGUUAAAUUUAUUCAAUCUGACCUGAAACUCACUGUACGAAAUUUUUCAAUUUGUCGUUUAUUUUCGGCUAGUGAUAAGGGCUAGUGACGAAAUGGUCUGAUAAAAAGAUACUCGUCGACUAGCUAAUAUAGUAAAAUGUAAUCUCUCUAUCAUCUAGUCAAAAAAAGGAUAAUAAAAUACAAUAAAUAACGUGACGUGUAAUUCAAAUUUAUAUUUAAAAAGGAGAAAGAAG